AUGGUCCCAGAUAAUCCUGCCAUUAUAGAUCCUAUUCUUAAUAAUUUAAAAAAGACUUUCAGAACAGGAAAGACUCGUGAUUUGGCUUUCAGAAAGUAAUAAUUAAGAAACCUCCUCACUGGUAUUAAGGAAAUGGAAGAUGAAAUUAGUGAAGCCGUUUAAAAAGAUUUAGGUUAUCAAGAUCCUAAAGUUGCAAAAUUUUUGAAUCUUUUACCUACUAUUGGUGAUAUAGAGUACAUUCUUAAUAACUUCGAAUCUUGGGCUCAAAAGCGUAGUGUUGAUGUUUCUUUAGUUGUUGGUCCCGGAUCUGGUUAUAUUAUUCCAGAACCUUAUGGAGUUACUUUAGUUAUAGGUGCCUGGAAUUAUCCUUUUAACACUACAGUAGCUCCUGCUGCUAAUGCUAUCGCAGCUGGAAAUUGUGUAGCACUAAAGCCCUCCGAAAUGUCUCCUCACAAUUCUAAUGUCAUGAAGAAGCUUUUUGACAAGUAUUUGGAUAAGGAUUGCUAUACAGUUAUAGAAGGUUAAGUAGAAGUAGCUAAAGCUAUUUGUUAUAAGCCAUGGGAUCACAUAAUUUUCACAGGAUCACCCCAAAAAGGAAAACUUGUAGCUUAAGCCGCAUCCUAAAAUUUAAUUCCAUGCACUUUAGAGUUAGGAGGCAAAAGCCCAACAAUUGUAGACAAAACAGCCAACUUAAAUGUUGCAGUAGCAAGAAUAGCAUAAGGAAAAAUUGGUAAUUCUGGAUAAACUUGUAUUGCCCCUGAUUUUGCUAUUGUAGACUAAGACAUUAAAGACUAAUUCCUCUCAUCUCUUAAAGAAGCUAUGAUAACCUAAAUUAGCAACAAUCCUGAAACUAGCAGAGACUAUAAUAGAAUGAUCAAUGAAUUCCAUACCAAGAGAAUGGAAUCUAUGAUCAAAACUCAUGGAGGUUAGAUUUACUAUGGAGGUAAGGUUGAUGUCUCUAAAAAAUUCGUUGAACCUACUAUUAUUGUGAACCCUAAGUUAGAUUCCGAAUGUAUGUAAGAUGAAAUAUUUGGACCUAUCUUCCCUGUUAUUUUCUACAAGAAUUUUGAUGAGGUAAUUAAUUUCAUCAACGAUCGUCCUAAGCCCCUUGCUCUCUAUUACUUUGGUGAAAAUAAAACACAUAAAGACAGACUCCUUAAUGAGACAUCUAGUGGUCAUUUGAGCUUUAAUGAAUGUGUAAUGCAUUAUAUUAAUAACACUCUUCCUUUUGGUGGUGUUGGAAAUUCAGGUUCAGGUGUUAUUCAUGGAAAGUUAGGAUUUGAAAAUUGCUCACACUUAAAACCUGUUCUUGAUAAAAGUGGUACUUUAGGUAGCUUGAAUUCCUACCCUCUUAACUGCAGAUAUCCUCCUUACACUGAAUCUAAAUUGAAAACUUUGAAUUUCCUUAUUAAAAACUUAGACGUUUAUCCAUCAGAAGUCUUAAAAUCAAGAAAAUUCCUUUCUGUAGCUGUUUUGGCAACAAGUGCAUUAGCUUAUUAUUUUAAUCCUUUUAAAUGA